AUGGCGAUGAAGACAAGCGCUAGCGAUACAAAGUUCACAGUCUUCAUAAGAUUACCGUUUGAAAGAGGUGAUUUUAUUGAUCCUCCGCCGGUGGAAUGGAAUGCGGUAAAGGACCAGGCUCUUUGGGACAUCCUUUCAAGGCCUUCGAAGGGCGACGAUAUUGAUUGGAAAGCACUCGCCGAGAACUUUGAUGUCGAUCUCCAGUUUCUGCUGCAGCAGGCAGCAUGGCUCUACGAUCGGAAACUGUCCAUGGUUCGGGCGCAGAUGCGCAAGGUCCCGCCAGUAAAGCCGAGUGAGAAGUCGAACAUAGUGGCAUCUGUGCCCGUUGUAGAAAGUGCCACAGCGAGUAGCCCACCUCAAAAAGGGCAAAUAACUUUAGGCUUUCGAGCCCCAAGCCGGCAAGGGCCUCCCCAGCAAGAUGCCUCUCAACAAGUCCCUAGCGGUCGGCGCACUAGUUCUACUUCGACGACCACUGUCAAUCAGUUCCGUCACAAUUGGGAUACUUCUCGCACUGACACUCCGACUGAAGGCAGGGAACAGAGUUGGGAGCAGUAUGUCCGGCCGCCGUCCGUCAUGACAAGAGACCCAUAUGCCACGCCGUCAUUUGGACGGUCACCUCCCAUUGAAGAAGACGAUUAUUCCUCUAGCUCGGAAGAAUCAGACUCUUCGGAGGAAGCUCCCCGUACAGGUCUUCGGUUCCGCAAAUUCGGCCAAUUCUCUACCCAACGUGUCGGUUUUCGCGAUGAUGACGAUGACGACGACGAUGAUGCCCCGGCUUUUGCACCCCUGACCCGAGAUUCCGAUCAGGCUUCACGAGACCGAUCGGGCGAAGAGCUUAGUGCAACCUUGCGGAUGGGUGCCGAUAGAGCGGCUCGGAAACGCCUGCUGGACCGGACGGGAUCCCGACAACCUCCGGCUACAGAGUCAUCCACGAGCUCAUUGAGCUCCGGCGUUCGAGUCGAAUCAACCCAUAGUGAUGCUCCUCGACCAGCUGGUCAGCCGUCUACAUUGAGUCCUCACCGUGCAGGAGAAGCGCCCCGUCGAAGCCCUCGUCAUCCUUCUGCGCCAGGACGAGAGCCUAGUGAUGGGACCCCCAGUAUGGGAAGCAGCUUUAGCGAUCUAGACGAUGCUAGCGUUACACAGUCUGCUCUGGAGGAGGCUCUCGCCAGUAACAUGCAACACGGAGGCAUGGCCAGCCGCAUGAGCACGAUCAGUCAUGCAUUUCGCAGUCGGUAUCUGCCAUAG